CCCGUAUGAAACCAUCAUGGCUGCCACUCGCUGAGCUGUCAAGCUCUCCACAAAAGAAAAGAAAUCUGAAGAAUUAAAACAUGGAUUCGGGGGACAUUUGCGCAGCUACCUCCAGAGGAGAUAAUAAACGGCGUGUCAACAAAAAGAAUAGAGAUUGGCAUAAACGGCCCCACCUCAGGAACUCUGUCGUUCAGCCCCCAACUAUGCAAAGUGAAGAUAAGCGUGGACCAAAGAAGAUAGCAGAGGGGUGGGAGCAAAGCACAGUGUGGCCUUCAUCAAAGAAGCCCCCCCAGGAAGCACAGCAGGGACAGCACAGGAUUAACGACAAUGGAAAUACACUCAGGUUUACAUGCUCACAAUGCAGGGACAAAUCUGAAUAUGUUCCCAAAGACUUAGUGAAACACUUCAAGGUAAACCACCGAGGGAGCCCACCUGUUUUUUCCUGUCAUACGUGUACUUUCAGUACGCAUGAGCUCUCCUACCUUCAGGUUCAUCAAUUAAGCCACAUGGACACUUUUUCUUGUUGUGGCAUUUGUAAAGACAACAUUCAGCGCACAUGGCCUGAAUUCACUGCACAUUUGACUAUGUAUCACAGCCAAAAUGGCAGAUAUUCAUGUGAAAUGUGUCAGAAAUUCUCCACAGGCGAUGUUCAAGUUUUUUUAGGGCACAUGUAUGAACAUCAUUUUGGACUGGAGGAAGGUAAUUAUAUUUCUCUGCGCACAAGGGGCAGGAACAAGUUAGGUUCGAAAACUAAUUCUCAAUCUUUACGAUGUCAGCAUUGUGGCUUUGAGGCAUCUCAGAAAUGGUUGCUUACUAAGCACGUCAAAGCUGUCCACCUUGGCCAAAAUCAGAGACAGAAGAAGAAGCCAGACGAGGUCAAUCCCAUUGCAAUGAAACCAAAUGACCCUAUCCCAAAAAUGAAGCCUAGAUUAACAAGAAGUGCAGUUAAGGAAAUGUGUUGGCUGACACAGGACUGCCUCUCUCUGCCAGGGAAAGAGUUCCUGGAUAAAUACUGCCAUCUGUCAGAUCCCCAAACAACACUUGAGGAGACUCAACAGUUUUUGAUGGAAUCUGUUGCCGGAGAAACUGGCGGGCAGAAAUGGUCCAAGGCUCUUAAAACCGUUUUUUCAAAUGUACCUCAAGAUAUAAAUCUUUACCCAAAGUCAGAGAAUGGCAUUGUGUCCAAUUCGUCAGAUCUCGCCUUCCUGACCGCCAAGAACAAGAUGACCGUGGCUCAGAACGGUAAACGGUUGAAAAUGAUGACAUCGUUAGACAAGGAAACUCAUUCCCCUGAAAGUGCUCCUGAUGAUACUCGUAGAGUAGUUGAUCAAAAUGGAUGUCAGUCCAAUUUGAGUGAUCAAUCACUUUGUCCACAGACCGAAACCAAACUAAAUGACAUGUUGCCAGCGCAGUGCGAGCCAUCCGCGUGUGCUCAAAUGCAGGAAAACCGAGAGAAUCAGGGAAUAAAGAGAGAUCAGGAAAUGGAGGAUAAUAUAAAAAAACCUGAGGAGCCUAUGCAUGAAGACAGGAAUAAUAUCUCCUGUGAGCUCCAGCCGACGAAUGAGAGCAAAGAGCAGACAUCCAUUCAUAAAGUCUUACCAAAUAAUAAGAGGCGAAGGCGGAAAAGAAGGGCCAGAUCUAAAAAAGCGGCUAAAAGAUCAUCUGGGUCUGUGUUAAAGAUAGUGUUGAAGAAGAACCCAGUGAAAGGGAGGCAGUGGGUGACACAAAGCUCUUUGUCUCCAUCAGGAUGUGGUCAGACGGAUGGACCACCCAACUGUCAUGAACAAUUAGAGGAGUUUCUCCAAAAUACGCUGCUCACUGAAGAACACCAGCAAAAAAUGACCAAAGCUUCUGAUACGGACGACCUUUCUAAAGCCAUCACUCAAAAUCCUCAGCCAAAGCAAGGGGAAGAACUGACUCCGAGUUGUGCUGCAAAGACAACGCAGUCUAAAAAUACAGACGGAAAUACACCUGUCGAGCUCAAGGGCUUGCCGCCGAUGCAUCAAGAGAGCCGACAUGAGUCUGACAAGCCACCGGAUGCAGAAGUUGAAGAGGGCAGUGCAGUUUGUGAGACGGGUCAGAUAAAUUCAAGAGUAGCAGCUGGGACUGAAGAGGAGAUCUGUCCCGGGAACGCUCAUCCUCACACAUCCGGCAGUAACACGGACACUCCUCACAGCAGCUCCACAAGGCCAUCCCCUGUUUCCCAACCCGUAAUUGCAGCACAGGGUAAAGUCCCCCAUACAGAUGUAAGCCAUGCUCUCUCUUCAGAAGACAGUGUUGAGGGGGUGAGAGUCAGUGAAGCGCCUGCUGACCUCCACCUUGAUUUCCUCAGCCACUUGUCUUCAAGUGAAGCCAUCUUAACGGACCCCAUAGCAGCCUCUGGGAAUCGAUGGCUGCCAAAGGACCACGAGAGGACCCUGAAGCUAGUAGCCAUAAAUCCAUCUCAGCUGGUGAAGCGUCCAUCAGGAGACCAGCCUGUCGUGGUGCUAAAUCACCCAGACGCCGACAUCCCCGAGGCCACCAGGAUCAUGAAGGUCAUCAACAGGUACAGAGGGGAGGUGCAGAAGGUCGUUCUGUCACAGAGAACCCUGAGCGCUCUCGCAGCCGCGGGCAGUGAUUCAAAUGCCAUACCCGAUACCACGAGGCACGCUGAAAACUCCGUACAGGAGAGAUUCGUGUUGAAAUUGAAACUCCGUCGGUUGAGCAGGAAAAAGUACGAAGUGGUCGGAGCUGCGGCUCCCAGAAGGGAUGCUCGGAAGGAGUUCCGCUGCUGGUUUUGCGGCAGGGUCUUCACGUGUCAGGAAACAUGGAUGGUCCAUCGGCAGCGGCAUCUGAUGGAGUGGAAAGGGCCGAAGUGUGAAAACUCUUAAACGUCGCGUACACUGGAUUCAAAACUAAAGAAAGUCUGGAAAUUAAAGACUUGUUGCAAUACAGCAAUGGACAUAGAAAAAGCCAGUCUCCGUUUUUUUAACAGUCUUAAUUAUGAUUGGUUGGUUUUGAGGAGAAAUCACACCUCGUGGAGGGUUCUCAGGGUGAACAUUUACCUGUAGCUCGAUACACACGCUGUACAUUAGGGAUUAUUCGGAUCACCACAAGGACGUGGUGUGGAUAAUUUAGUCUUUUUUUAUGGUUUGAAUCUUUUCAACAAAAUAGCUUUAUUUAAGAUGAUUUACGUACACUGUCUAACGGAUAUUUUAUAGAACACUGUAACAUGUUAAUUUGCCAUACCAUCUGACUUGUAUGAAUCAGUUAAUGUACGGGUAGGCUCUACAGUGUGGUAGCUAUCAUAUUUAUGUUUUUUGAAUGGGACGCGGAGACCUACAAUUUUCUCAGAUAUACCAAAACUGUGCGUUUAAAAACAAAAAAAGGCAAUAAGCUGUUGUAUUCAACAUUUAUUUAUGACUCUUUUAUAACCUUAUGCUUUUUAUUUUGCGCCAUUGAAAUAGGCGUGUUUGUAAAAUCUUUGUAUAAACUCCAAAUGAUCUUAGAAUAAGAGUAUUAUCUGUAUAAUGUAUAUGUUCCUGCAGCGGAUUGUCCCUAAAGUCACGAUUAAUUUAAACUUGUGUUUUGUGAGGUCGGUGGAUAAAUUGCUGAAAUCUUUUUUUAUAUCUGGAAUUUAAAAGACCUAGAUGAUUUGAUCUCGAUAUUUUUAUUUUCCCUCUCUCAAUGAGUUUCCUAUUUUGACUUGAAAUGAUAAUCUUAUCUUUUAAUUGCACUAUGAAAGGAGGAUUUAUAUUUCCUGUUACCUCGCCCUUAUCAGACCGAAGCUUUUGACAAUCUCACCUGCUGUGUCCUGCUGUGCUCAACAUUUCCGUAUGCAGCCAUGAUCCCUCAGUAUUCACAGCUAGGGGACAGGAUGUGUGUGUGUUGGAAUAAUUGUGCCCUGUUUCUGGAGAGCACACUUCAGUGUCAUUAACUCACUGUGUAUAUGUCCUUUUCGUUCUUCAAUUUAGACAAAAGAUUUAUAAUUGUGUAUAUAGUCCAGAUAGAGGUACUGUAAAAUACUGCCUGAGUUUCACCAAGUGCCUAGGAAUUGUUAUUAUGCAAUAAAUGUGCAUGAGGAGGAUAGUUUGUCGGUCCCUGGUGGCUUUUUACAAUGACUGGAAAAGAUGUGAGCCCAGGUAUUAUACAAGACAAGAACCUCAUUUUAUUAAAAAAUAUACAACCUUGUA